GUUGGCGACCAGCAGUUCCUCCAUCAGUUCCUUCCAACAUCUCACCGCAACUCUUACCUUCUGCUCUUUGGAGAACAGAUCUUCUUCCACUUCGACACCAUGACUUUUGGUUGGGGAAACGGUGGCUUCGGUUGCAACGUCGCCUGUGAAUCGCAAUGUCCUCCCUCUCACAUCUACAUCCAGCCUCCCUGCUACGCCGUGACUAUUCCUGGGCCCGUGAUGCACUGUGAUACCGAACCUUGUGCUGCGUCCAGCAGAACACCUUGCGGCUACGGGGGUUGUGGUUAUGGCGGCUAUGGCGGCUAUGGCGGCUAUGGCGGCUGGGGUUAUGGUGGCCGGGGAUGGGGAUAUGGUGGAUAUGGUGGCUGGGGCUAUUAGUCCUGCUGUUCUCCUCAAAUGCCCAGAAGACAACUCCAGAAAAACACGUAAUGACCCAGCAAUGGACUCUUGACAAAGAUCUAUGGCUGAGAUUGUGUACCUGGGUGCCAGAAAGAUGGGUAUGCCCAAUCUUUCAUAUUGUGGCUACUCUUCAUAAGUCUGGACACCCAGGCCUUCACAUCCCUGAUCUUUUCUAGGCUUCUUUCAUUCUGUUUGCUCCCAGGCAGCUACCUUUCUCCUUGUUCUUCUACCAUGUUUCAGUAUCUUAAACCACCUACUCUGCUCAUGAAGAGAAAUAUCAGAGUUAAAUAGCAAGAAAUCCCCAACUUGCUAUCAAUGUUCAACUCCUGCUUUUCGAGCAUCAUGAGAAGUUCUGUUGUAACGGCAGGGAUGGUUUGAUGUUGUGACGUUCCAUUUACCAUCAGAUCUGACCUGUAUGGCCAAUGGUCAGGAAUGAAGGGUUGAAGUUCAAGGAGAUACACAGGGCCCGAUGUUCCCCACUUUCCAACUUCCACAGAGAGGUUCCUUGACUCUUUGAGUGGCCCAGCUAGCUGUCAAGGGGAUGAUGGGUGAUGUGUAAUAACCUCAAGGAACUCCCACCAUUUUGUAGAUUAAUAGUGUCUGUCUUGCUAGCUCUAGUAAUGAACUGUGAAUUCAUGGGGGGAAAGUAUGUCCUGUUCUCAUGUAAGCUUCUUCUGAAAUUGUGCAUCCUUUCAACAGCAAUAAAAACCCAUCAUACUUCA